AACUGUUUCAUAUAGCGUUCUGCGCACCAUGGUGGCGCCAGUUCGAGAUGAGGGAUAUACUUCAUACUUAACGUUUCUUUUAGCGACAGUCCAGUGGUAUAGUUGUUAUAGCCAAAACUAUUAUGACAUUCGUCUUGUUGGUGGAAGUCAUGAAAACGAAGGGAGGGUAGAGAUAUACUACAGCUCUCAAUGGAAUACCAUUUGUGAUAGUGGCUGGGGCAUCGAAGAGGCAAGGGUAAUAUGUCGGCAACUCGGCUUCAACACCGUCAAUGCUGUAGCAAGGCACAACGCAUAUUAUGGUCGAGGAAUAGGAUUGACCCGAAAGCUAAAUUGCAGUGGCGACGAGACUAGAGUUCAAGACUGUACUCUCACCCACUAUGACUGCUAUCAUUCUGAAGAUGCUGGAGUUGAGUGUGAUGACACUCCGACAACCUAUGAUCCAUUCGGGAGGCUGACAACCAUGACGACCAUUGAUUACUAUGAUAGGAACACUGUACGUCUUGUUGGUGGCAAUACUCCAAGAGAGGGACGAGUGGAGAUCUGGUUCAACGGUCAGUGGAACACAGUCUGCGAUGAUUCAUUUUAUAAUGACGAAGCAGAGGUUAUAUGUCGCCAGCUUGGUUACAACACCAAUAACGCAGUGGCGAGAGGCUAUGCUUAUUAUGGAGAAGGAUCGGGACCUACAAUUUUACGAGUCACUUGCUACGGUUGGGAGUUAACCUUAAGUUCCUGCACUGUCACAUCACGUUAUUCCUCGUUAUGUGGUCAUCAUGAAGACGCAGGCGUUGAAUGCGGUGACACUUCGACAACCAAUGAUCCCUUCGGGUGGCUGACAACCAUGACAACCAUUGACUACUAUGAUAGGAACACUGUACGUCUUGUGGGUGGCAAUACUCCAAGAGAGGGACGAGUGGAGAUCUGGUUCAACGGUCAGUGGAACACAGUCUGCGAUGAUUCAUUUCGGGAUGACGAAGCAGAGGUUAUAUGUCGCCAGCUUGGUUACAACACCAAUAACGCAGUGGCGAGAGGCUAUGCUUAUUAUGGAGAAGGAUCGGGACCUACCAUUCUACGAGUCACUUGCUACGGUUGGGAGUUAACCUUAAGUUCCUGCACUGUCACAUCACGUUAUUCCUCGUUUUGCAGUCAUCAAGAAGACGCAGGCAUUGAAUGCGGAUAUUCAACAAGUCCCACCUUCUUGCCGCCACCAUCCUGGUUCACAUCCUACCCUUCAUCCAGGAUCAUCGGUAUAAUGUCUUUCAUUGGCGUCUCCUUGUUCCUACUGACCAUCGCCUCGUUUGUGGCAGUGCUAUACACCUGUAACAAAGGACGCAAGAUAUCGAACUCGGCAACGGUGGUUGAACUUCAGCCUAUGUCUUCUACAUCCACCACACCUUCCUCUGCACUCGACCCCACUGCAAUGACCCAGAUGCAGGUCAAUCUACCCACACCAAGCGAGUAGGAUCCAUGGGUUAAUACUUAUGAUCUUUCGUAUCUUAUUAAAUGGUAUUUUUUUUACUCAAAUAAUGUAAAAAAAAAUGGUUGCUUUCAACUUUGAAACACCUUUUCUAUCUUGUAAAUUCACACACGAAAAGAAUAUUGUAGUUUAUAUAAUUUAUGCAACAUAAUUAUAUAGAGGAUGUGUGACAUCACAGACUACUAAAUAAAUGUAUUUGGUAACACCCUUAAUAAUAUAUCCCUCGAAAUUGAUAAUGUUUCAGUGUUACAUCUUGUUCUGAAUUUGGCCUUGUUUUGUCCAAAUCAACUUGUUAUUGAAAAAUAUUUUAAUUAUAUCAUUUUCAACAGAAAAAAACAUUGAGUUACAGCUACAGAAAAGCUUGACAAUAAAGCAGAUGUCUGAUAAAAGUUGACAAAAUCUAUUAUUUUUAAAUUUUGUUUAGAAAUGUCGUUACUGUUUACAUAUAUCCUGCUACUGCUGCUUUAUUUAAUGAUAUAAUUUUUACAAUUUUCCUCAGCAGUUUGACCUCUACUUCAUGAGAACCUUCCAUCUUUUUAUCAUGGUUUCAUUUAGUUUGUUAAGUUGCUACUGACAACCGUAAUUUUGUUUGAGGUACGCGCAGAGAAAAUAUGUAUCACGUCA